UACUAGUAAUUUUUACUCCAGAAUACAAAUAUUGUUUAAAUCAUUCGGAAUUUCGGAGUAACCGCAGGCUCAAAUACUAAACACGUGCCUGAUUUUGCUGUUAUUAGGGGCCGCCCCGACCCGAACAUUAAAAAUUGGGGGGGGGGCGGAUUCAAAAAUCAGAGGUAAGGGUGUAAGGGCCACAUUCAAAAAUUCCCAGUCUCCACUUCACACAGAACCAUGGGGAAGAAGGUGAUGAAGAAGCUGGAUACGGGAGACCCCAUAUCGGACCAUGGCCAUGGAGAAGCAGACAGUAUCAAGGCGAAUAUCACAAAAUCAGAAAACCCUAAGGAAAACGAGAAAAUGACUGUGAAGAUUCAAAUUUUGAGUCAAAACGCACAAAAAAUUCCUCCUAUUGUUGGAUACUUCCCGUCUGGUUUCAAUCCGUCGAAGGAAAGUAUGGAGGACGACGAGACGGAGAACACCAGGGAACCGGGAAGCAGGGUUAGUUUGUUCAGAAACACAAAAAGGACCAAUAGGUUUCAGCUCGUCGUGAGCGGGUCGCAGGUGAACUUCGUCGGUACAAAUUAUUCCGGCGAGGCUACGGCGGCCCAUGGCUGUAACUACUCUAUUGGUGUGCUGGACAAGGAGACUCAGACGCUUAAGAUCGUUCCUAUUGCUGGAAGCAUGAUUAUAAGACUAGAUCCUAAGAUAGAUGAAGAAAAUCCGACCACGCUAGGAAUGACUGCAGAGGGAAAGGAAGCCCCAAAGAAAGAUAUGGACCGGUUUCUUAGCAAGUCAACUAUACGAAGGAAAAAGAAGCUUGAAACACUACGUCAAGGUGCAGAUGCUGGUGGAGAGCAUGUGAUUGAAGGGAGCAAACUCGAAAAUCAAGGUGCACUUGAAGAAGUUGCUGUCACGGGUGAUAAUGAUCGGAAUAUCCCACCUUAUGAUUUGGCUGCCGCUACACCUGAGACAGCAUAUCCGCUGCAUAAGAUUAUUUUGAAGGGAGAAUGGGAUUACCUCACAGAUAUCUUUGACCUUUCAGAAGCUGGAGAACGCAUUAGUCCUGAGGCUUUUCCAAGCUUCGUUUGCAACAGAAUGCAUACUUUGGCCGACAUUAAGAAUGAACAGGAGCGGCGAAAGCUGGCUGGAAUCCUUUCAUAUAUCACUCACCUUGUUAAGUUCAAGGACAAACACUCCAUGGAUGGUUUUCAAUCUGCCAAGAAUCACAGGAUUCCUACCAUGUUGUUCCAGAGGUUCUCUUCAAUGUUUUGUGUAUCAGAAUCCAAAAGACUUCCUAAUGAAAAAGUUGAUCUCCUCAUCAGUUAUGUGCUCGUGCUCACUCUAUAUGCUGAUAACUUCCGCUCUGAUCCAUCUGACAUAGCCAAAGACCUUAGAACAAUAACUGGACAUUUGAGGCCUCGUUUUGAGUUGCUGGGUUGCAAAUUUGUUCGCGAUGAGAAAAGAGGUCAUCUUGCCACCCUUUCUGUUCCUCUGACAUUCCCAACAGUAAACAAGAAGAGAAAGAGAAGGUAGAUAUUUUGUGUUUUGUUUUUUCCCUGUUCUAAAAAAACUAUUUGGUGUUUUGUUUUUCCCUGUUCUAAAAAAACUAUCCAGACAGUCAUGUUAGUGACUUACGGAGUAUAUUAUUAAGCAGACAAUUGUUGCCGUGCAUGUGAUGGGCAGUGUCUAAUUCAUGUUAUCUUUCUAAAUAUAUUUGAGUUGGUAUUAAUCAACUUGUGUUGCAGAACAUAAAUAGUCCCAAUAAGUACUUGUUCAUUUU